AUGACGAAGCGCACCAAGAAGGUCGGUAUCACGGGUAAAUAUGGUACCAGAUACGGUGCCUCCCUGCGUAAGCAGGUGAAGAAGAUGGAAGUGUCCCAGCACGCCCGUUACAUCUGCACCUUCUGCGGAAAGAACACCGUCAAGCGCAAGGCUGUUGGUAUCUGGGAGUGCAAGGGUUGCAACAAGACCGUCGCCGGUGGUGCCUACACCGUCUCUACCCCCGCCGCCGCCGCCACCCGCUCCACCAUCCGUCGUCUCAGAGAAAUCGCGGAGGUUUAA